GAUGCAGCGCACAUGCGAACGUAACAAACACAGCAACGCGCCCACGCUAGCGGUUUCCAUUUCCGGCCCUGCAAUCCUGCACCGGCGCGAAAGCCCCCUCACGGCCUCACCUCCACUCCGGUGAUGGCCGCAUCUCCUUUACUUCUCAGUGCUCACGCCGUCCACGGUCCACUAGUUGCAUCGGCUAGCUCCCGCAUAAAGAUCCACACCACUUGAGCAGCAGCUAGCUCAAGGGAAGGAGAAGGCUGGAAGUGGAAAGAAGUGGGUUCUUGCUUGAGCUGAGCUCUUGCUGCCCUUGGAUCUGUUUGGGAGUGGAGAACGCAGUAUGGGGCGCGGCAAGAUCAAGAUCAAGAGGAUCGAGAACUCUACCAACCGGCAGGUGACCUUCUCCAAGCGCCGGGCCGGACUGGUCAAGAAGGCACGGGAGAUCGGCGUGCUCUGCGACACCGAGGUCGGCGUCGUCAUCUUCUCCAGCGGCGGCAAGCUCUACGACUACUGCUCGCCCAGGACCUCGCUGUCCAGGAUCUUGGAGAAGUACCAGACCAACUCCGGGAAGAUACUGUGGGGUGAGAAGCACAAGAACCUGAGUGCAGAGAUCGACAGAGUCAAGAAGGAGAACGACAACAUGCAGAUUCAGCUCAGGCAUCUGAAAGGCGAGGACCUGAACUCCCUACAGCACAGGGAGCUGAUCGCUAUUGAAGAGGGCCUCCAGAAUGGGCAGACCAACAUGCGCGAGAAGCAGGCAAUGGACUACUGGAGGAUGCACAAGACGAAUGGAAAGAUGCUGGAGGACGAACACAAGAUACUGACUUUUAGGAUGCACCAACAGGCUGUUGAUCUGAGCGGCCGCAUGAGGGAGCUGGAGAUCGGAUACCAUCAGGUCCAGCACGACAGGGAUUUCAUUUCCCAGAUGCCGUUCACCUUCCGGGUGCAGCCCAACCACCCCAACCUGCAGGAAGACGAGUAGCUACAGCCUGCUGGAUAGUGAUCUGCAUGCCGCUCUGAACUGAAGCUCCUCACCUGCAGCUUCUAUCUCGCGUUUCAUCAUUCAGCGUUAGCUGGGUAUCUUUCUUUUCAUGGCACCCUGGAUGAAGUCUGUCAGUACGAUGUGGUCUUUGUCUUGUGCGUCUCUUUUGACUUUGCUGGGCUGAUUUCCGUGCAUGUAGUGAUGAUGACAGCGUUAAUUAAGACUGAAAUGUGCAAUUAAGUUGUAGCCCGUGCUUGCUUGGUCUC